ACCAUUCGCAUACAAAAUCAUCUGUUGCUUGCCGCCUAUCUCAGUCAGCCAAACGGAAUGAACGCGGCUACGCGUUAUUCAAAUUAAAAACAAAACAUUCUUUUUUUUAAUCUGUGUUCUAUAAUUUCAAAUUUGACGGAAUAUUUCGCGGAAAUUUCUUCAAAUGGCGUCCGUAAACGGCAAGGAAACAGAUCCAGUAGUCCCUCCAUCGUCCCUCAUCAGACGAGUUAGCUCCAAGUCAAUAAGAAACAACUCCAUAUCUGAGGACAAAGAAAAUGGCGUCGAAUCAAACAGCAAAUCUUUUGUUGGGAAAUUUAAGAAGGCUCCGGAGGCGCUGAAGAGUUUCCAUCUCAAUAAUGACGAUGAAGAUUUGGAAGUACCUGGCACGCCGAUGACACCUAGGACUUCUACAACACCUGGACACGAAAACUGCACGUUCCAUCAUGACCUGGAGCUGGACCACAGACCGCCGACCAGGGAGGCCCUCCUGCCAGACAUGGCCAACUCUUAUAGACUACUGCUCACAGGGUUAGGCGAGGACCCACAGAGGGACGGACUCCUGAAGACACCUGAGCGCGCGGCCAAAGCUAUGUUGUUCUUCACAAAGGGAUACGACCAGAGUCUAGAAGAGGUCUUAAACAACGCGAUCUUCGACGAAGACACAGACGAGAUGGUGGUGGUGAAGGACAUCGAAAUGUUCUCCAUGUGUGAGCACCAUCUUGUUCCAUUCUACGGGAAGGUGUCCAUUGGAUAUCUUCCGCAAGGAAAGAUCCUGGGCCUUAGCAAGUUGGCUAGGAUCGUGGAGAUCUUUUCCCGGCGGCUGCAGGUGCAGGAGCGGCUGACGAAGCAGGUCGCCGUCGCCGUCACGCAGGCCGUGCGGCCCGCCGGCGUCGCCGUCGUCAUCGAGGGAGUUCACAUGUGCAUGGUGAUGCGCGGAGUCCAGAAGAUCAACAGCAAGACGGUGACGUCGACCAUGCUGGGCGUGUUCCGCGACGACCCCAAGACCCGGGAGGAGUUCCUCAACCUCGUUCACUCCAAGUGAGCCCGCGAAAUGUGACACUGACGUUUGUAAUGUUUUCUUUUUGCUUUUUUUUUUCUUUUUCUGCGUUCGUCUUUCAGCCAGUUUGUUUUUUAUUUUAUUUUUGUAGGUUUGGUAUGUUUUUUGCCCAAAUAAUAAGCGUUUUAUUUUUUAAUACGCCAUUUUUUGUUUUAUAUAUUUAGACAUUUUGGUUAUUAUUGAUAAUUUAAGUUGAAAUUGUGUACCAGAGUUUAUUUUAUUUUUUGACUAAUUUAUUUUAACUCUAUAACAUUCAUUAUUACAGUUUUUUUUUUCGUUAGUUACUGGCUGAAUUAAGUUAUUUUUCAUCACUUUUUUCGUUUAAGAAAAAUGUUGCAAACGUCUAUAUUUAAAUAAUUUAAAGCAGUUUACACAUGGAAAUUAUUUGAAAGUAUUAAUUAGUAACGAUUUUCCUUACAAUGAAAAUUAUAGUGCCAAUUUAUAAUAAUUUAAGUAUCGCUUUUCUAAAAUAGCUCAAUUCGAAACAGUAUUUAUUUUUAAACGACAAACUGCCUUAGUUUUAACUUUCUUUCUGCGAGAUUUUUAUUAUUAUAAUUAUGUGCUUUUUAAUACUUUUCUUGCUUUAAUUUCUCUUUUUUUCUUGUAUCCAUUCUAAUUUUAAGUAAAUUUAAGAUAUAUUUGUAUAAUUUGAGAGAUUUUUAUACAACAUGACAAUAAUUUUGUAGUUUAUUUAAUAAGUUGGAGAUCUUGGUUUAAAUAUAUUGCCCAAGAACCAUGGUCUUCAAGCAUUUUGAUAAUAAAUUAUAUUUACUUAUUAAAUUAUACAAAGUUCAGUACAAAGACUUUAUAUUUUAUAAAAUAUUAAUAAAUUAUAUAAAUAUUCGAUAUAUGUGGACCAAGUUUUGAUUUUCUUAUUUUUUUUAUUUUGCAAAAAUCUCAAGUAAUUAAUGGCUGAUUCUUGACAUUUUUGCCAAAAUUAUGUUUUUAUUAUUGUUUAAUAAAUAUUUUUUUUUAUUAAAAAAGACAUCCAUGAAGUUGCCUUAACAUGUGAACGUAUGAAUUUUGAUAAAAUGUGUUUAAGCAGUGUAAUUGGAAUAUUUAUGGUUUUUUUAUAAAUAAAUUUAUUUUUAGUUCACAAA